GGGAGGAAAGAGCAUCGUGAUACUUUGCGCUUCUUCUCGCAGUUUGCGAGUGUUUCUUUCGGUUUGAUGUGUGGGUCGCGCUCGCGUUGUUGUGCUAACCGGCGAAGGCUAGCUCCGUUUAGCAUGACAACUUCCUGUUUGGCUAACGUUAGCUUUUGUUUCAUUCGAGCUCCUCGUUUGCCUUUCACGCUGUCGUCCCCCCCGCACGCAAAUACGCUCCAAACUACUUUUCAUAAUCAUAAUCGCGCAUUUGCUUGGUGUUUAUGUGUCAAUCGAGCCGCUUUCACGGGAACAUCCGAAUGAAAAUGACAUUUUUCGUCGUUGGACUGCCAACGUGCACUUUGCGGCCAUUUUAUUAGGUUUAAUAGCGGCUCAAGCUUAUGAUUAUUGAUUAUGGCAGCCUGCUUAGGGGACUUGAAAGUAGGAAUCCGCUCUUAGGAGCUCAUCGCCGGACUAAAGCUGUAUAAGCACCGGAACGAAGGAAGCGGCGCGUCGUACGGGGAGCUGCCGGCGGACAUCGUCAUGAGUUACAAGCCCAUCGCUCCUGCGCCGUCCGGCUCCAACCACACGCCGCCUGGCUCCUCCGUGCCCUCACCUUCCCUCCCGUCGUCGUCCAACUUCCGGCCGGCUUUCAGUGACUUCGGCCCGCCCUCCAUGGGCUUUGUGCAGCCCAUCAAGGUCACUCAAGGGUCAACCUACAGCGAACUGCUGUCGGUCAUCGAGGAAAUGAGCCGCGAGAUCCGACCCACGUACGCCGGGAGCAAAAGUGCCAUGGAGAGGCUAAAGAGAGGCAUCAUCCACGCUCGUGCGCUGGUCCGAGAGUGUCUGGCCGAAACGGAACGAAGUGCCCGGACAUGACCUCCCCUCGGAACUCCUUCAUCUGUUUGAAAACCUUUUUUUCUUUGUCCUCCUCUGUCAGCUUUUUACAUUUGCGUUGUUUUUUUGUCAUUCCACCGGGCCCUUCGCUUUCAACCUGUCCCCCCCCCCCCUUUUUUUUUUUUUUAGUCCAUUUUAUUUUCCUUUUCGUUCCUUUGCUUUUCUGCCCACGUGCGGGAGUUUUCUAGUCAGCAUCCAGCAAGAAUUAUGUAUUGUACAUCUCAGUCAAUUUGUUAUUGUGGAAAUUUUGUAAAGCAAACUUUUGCAGUUCA